AUGUAUAAAGUUAUUCCCGAAAUUCCGAUAACUCAUGCAUUGCCAUCAAAGGAAGAAAAAACACUUCCAAUAAAAGGCUCAGGAAAGAAGUAUGAUGUCUUACCCCACGUUGAAGAAUUUGAGCCUCUGUCUCGGGACAACAACACAGCGAGGCUGAAUCCAUGCAUUGAGACCUUGCCCGAGGCACCAGCCAAUAAAUCCCGAGUUCCCCUUGCUUGUCUUGCUGUGGAAAAUAUCCAAAGGACCAUUAGCAAGGCAGAAAAGAAAGAAAAGAAAAAGAGGAAGAAAACUCCCAAACCUCCGCCAUCUGCACCACCAGGAGAUAUCUAUAUCAUGCCACAGGUGUAUAUUCCACAGCCCCCACCCUACCCCUUGGAUCCAACGAAGGCGAGAAUUGUGAGGAUCAAAACACCUUCCGGUAUCUGGCAUAUGGAUGUGGAGCAGUAUAUCGCCCACGUCACUUCUGGUUACUGGAAAUGA